ACAGAUCACUAUUGUUUUAGAAAAUUAUCUUCACUGUCUUCGUCAUCGCUAACAGCUUCAACCAGUUCUGUGUAAAAAAUUCCGCCACUCCAUUAAUUUCAAAAUCAGUCCCCAGCAGCGGCCCUUCUCCAUCCGACGUCACUGACUCCUUAAUCGAUAACCCACCUCAAUGUUGUCCAAAGACGGCAAAGUCGCACAGCCGCAAUGCAGUCGUUCCUCGCAUGGCUUAUCGUUCGGGCGUGCUGGUGAUUUGAAUGCGUCGCCGUUCGUCCCGGAAUGGUUCCGGUUCCGGAAGGGACAGUCGUAGCCAGUUCGUCGUUGAACAGCGAUGGCGAAGAGACCGUCAGCACCGCGUCCGACGAGGACGAUUACGACGGCGCCGUCGUCCUGCACGACGACGGCCCCGCGGAGCCCCCCUCCUUCGGGAACAUCUCGGUGCAGAACUCUAGUGACGUCCAUUUCGGGAACAAAACGUUCUAUCAGGGACCAGUGACGAUAAAGCAGUUCUUGUACGCCAAUGGCAAGCCCAUCGCGGACAAAAGUGGCGGUGAAGUGGUGAUAGAUGCGGCGACUGUGGAUGAUAAUGGACUCGAUAACCCUUCGUUUAUUGCAGAUCUCCCUGUCAAGGGGAGUGCGGAGAAACCUGCAGUGCAGGAAAACACUGUGUCAGGAUUCCGACGAUUCCAGACCUUCGCCCACCAAAACGUCGUCAUUCUAGUCAGUCUUCUUGCGGUGUUAAUGGUCUCUUUAGCAAUUUUAAUGGUAGUUUUAUUAUUAAGGCACAAUCCCGUUCCCGCGGACGACGAGCCAAGCAAUAAGGCAGAUCGGGACGAACAAGGAUCAAAUACACCCAUCGCUGCGCCCUUAGAUCCGAAGGCCAACCUGACCCUCCCCUCCAAGCUCAAGUUGGUUUCGCGCCUCGAGUGGCUCGCGCAACCCCCUACCGAGCCGGCCACACCCCUCCACACCCCCGUCCCCUACGUGAUAAUCCACCACACAGCAACCGAGAACUGUUCCUCUCAAGCCCAAUGCGUCUUCCAGGUUCGCUACAUCCAGACCUACCACAUCGAAAGUCGCGGUUGGUGGGACAUCGGCUACAAUUUCCUGGUUGGAGGCAACGGCGAAGCCUACGAAGGCCGGGGUUGGAAGUCCGAGGGGGCUCACACGUUCGGGUACAACGCCCACAGCAUAGGAAUUGCCUUCAUCGGGACUUUCAAUAAGUACAAGCCGCCAGAGCGGCAGAUCACCGCCUGCAAGCACGUCAUCGCAAAAGGGGUGGAGUUGGGAUACAUUAACAAGGAUUACAAGUUGCUGGCGCCAAGGCAACUCCAGACUACGAAAAGUCCGGGGGAUGCGUUGUAUGAGGAGUUGAAAACGUGGGACCAUUGGGCGGCGGGUCCUAAAACGCAACCAAAAAUGAAAACUGUGAUAGGAAAAUUUUCGCAAGGUAACUCACAAGGUGAUGAACAAAUACAAAUCGAAGUGCGCAACUCUGGCAGUGCCACUUCCACAAACUCUAAACGCUCAAAAGAUUUUCGGAUUUUAAAUUUUCUGCAAAAGCACACUGCCCUAUUAUUAGUAUGUUUUCUGAUUUUAAUGAUUGUUUUACUACUUGUGACGAUCGUCCUUUUGAUAAUACGUCAAAACAACGUGAGUUCCCAGUGUACUAUAGACAAUUUCCACCCAAAAGAGACGUCAACGAACCCGACACCACCAGUAGGUACAUCGUUAGAUACCAGUUGGAUUACAACAAUUCGUCCUCCAUCAUUCGAACUAGUCUCACGACAGGAAUGGUCGGCCGAAACCCCCAAGGCUCCACCACCACACCUGCAAACCCCAGUUCCUUACGUACUGAUCCUUCACACGGGCACUGAAAACUGUUACUCUCCUAAACAAUGUGUCCAAGGUGUUCGACUGAUUCAGACUUUCCACAUGGAAAACCAAAACUGGGAAGAUAUCGGCUACAAUUUUCUUUCUGGGGGUGAUGGCAGAGCUUACGAAGGACGAGGCUGGAAAAAUAGGGGUCCUGAAACAUACGGUUAUCCUGAUAAAAGCGUACGAAUUGCUUUCACUGGGAUUUUCAACACGACGAUACCAUCGGAUCGGCAAUUAACAGCUUGCAAAAACUUGAUCAAAAAAGGAGUGGAAAAAGGGUACAUUAAUAAAGAUUAUAAACUCAUUGCUGCGGCACACUUGCAAAAAAUACGCGUUGAGGAGAGUCAAACGAAGACGUUGUAUGAAGAACUGAAAUCUUGGGAGCACUGGACCAACCCUGAAGAGCUGUACAUGUUUAAAUAGUUGGACGAUUUUUUUUAUAACUAAUUUAAUAAUUUAUUUGUUUACAUCGUUUUAUUAUAUUUAUUUAUAAUAGCGUCAACCGCUUACCGAGUGCGACAGCAAAAAUUCCUGGACACAAAAACCCAAGGAAAUAAAUAACACACAUCAGCACGCCUUGCAUGAAUAUGCAAUAACAUUUAUGACUCAGUCAGUCCACGAACUACUCGGAAAAAUGUGUUUCAUAAAAAAACUAGGCUAUAAAAUCUAACUAGUCUACUGGUACAUACAUUUACAAACAAUUUUGUUACUGUGAAUAA